AUGACAAAAGACAACCUCAAUUUCCGUAUCGCAACUCUAGACGAUGCGGAGAAAAUCCAGCAACUUGUGCAAGAGGCCUUUCGCGCCGAAGAUAGCAGGCAAGACUGGACUGGAAACGUGGAACUCGCACGGGCCUUUACAGUCAAAGUCGAAGACAUCAUAACCACAAUGGCUAAACCAAACAAUGAAUUCCUGUUGGCUACCGAGGAAAAUAACACCCCUAUAUGCUGCGUUGGUGCUUCCGAGCGCGAAAACAGCCAUGCCAGGCUAUUCAUGCUGGCCGUUGACGAUCGUUACCAACGCCAAGGUCUGGGACGUCAAGUCAUUACCUAUGCUGAGGGAUACUGCCAACGGACUUGGAACUCUGAGGUCAUCGAGCUAGAUGCUCUUUCCACCCGCCCGCAAUUGAUUCGUUGGUACAUGCGCUGUGGCUAUCAACAGACGGGCGAGACGAAACCGUUCCCACGUGCCAUUUUCAAGGAGCUGGAACUGCCACAGGAUUUGUGUUUUAUUGAAUUGGAGAAAAGAUUAGAUACAAAGCCGAUAGAUUGA